GAUGGCCGUCUCCAGAUGUCUGCAGGCCGGAGGGAGCUGGCUGGCCUGUGGAGCCCAAGGGCAGAGACAGAACUAAUGGGAGGAAAUUACAUGGAGAGAUUUCAUCUCAGCUUGAGGAAGCACGUCUACCAGUCAGAGCUGGCCAACCCUGGCCUGCCCCGGCUGCCGACAAAGGCCGUGAGCUCCCUGUUAUGAGAGGUGUGUGAAUAGAGACUGGGGGCUUCCCCCGCAGGGAAGGCACUGAGGGGAUUUUCUAUUCUUGAGGCGCCUCCAAAGCCGUGGGCUGUCCAUUGUGCUUCCUGUGUGGCUCUGCCCGGCGCUUGACCCAGUUGAACAGGCCUGCAGUGGCUGAGCAGCAGCAGGUUCUGAGCAGAAGAUGGCUGUGCCUCCCACGUACAUUGAUCUUGGCAAACCCGCCAGGGAUGUCUUCACCAAGGGUUAUGGAUUUGGUUUAAUCAAGCUUGAUUUGAAAACAAAGUCUGAGAAUGGACUGGAAUUUACAAGCUCAGGUUCAGCCAACACUGAGACCACCAAAGUGACGGGCAGUCUGGAAACCAAGUACAGAUGGACUGAAUACGGUCUGACGUUUACAGAGAAAUGGAACACUGACAACACACUAGGCACCGAGAUCACUGUGGAAGAUCAGCUUGCACGUGGACUGAAGCUGACCUUUGAUUCAUCCUUUUCACCCAACACUGGGAAAAAAAAUGCUAAAAUCAAGACAGGGUACAAGCGAGAGCACAUCAACCUGGGCUGUGACGUGGACUUUGACAUCGCCGGGCCCUCCAUCCGGGGCGCCCUGGUGCUGGGCUAUGAGGGCUGGCUGGCUGGCUACCAGAUGAAUUUUGAGACCGCCAAGUCUCGAGUGACCCAGAGCAACUUUGCGGUGGGCUACAAGACCGACGAAUUCCAGCUUCACACUAAUGUAAAUGAUGGGACAGAGUUUGGUGGCUCCAUUUACCAGAAGGUGAACAAGAAGUUGGAGACUGCCGUUAAUCUUGCCUGGACAGCAGGCAACAGCAACACUCGCUUCGGAAUAGCAGCCAAAUAUCAGAUUGACCCUGAUGCCUGCUUCUCGGCUAAAGUGAACAACUCCAGCCUGAUAGGUUUAGGAUACACUCAGACCCUAAAGCCAGGUAUCAAACUGACACUGUCAGCUCUGCUGGAUGGCAAGAAUGUCAACGCGGGUGGCCACAAGCUUGGUCUAGGACUGGAAUUUCAAGCAUAAGUGAAUACUGUACAAUCAUUUAAUUUUAAUCUAUUUUGCAGCAUAGCUACCUUCAGAAUUUAGUGUACCUUUUAAUGUUGUAUGUCUGGGAUGCAAGUAUUGCUAAUAUUAUGUUAGACAUCCAGGUUAAAGAUGAUUCAGCUUUAAGGUGUUACCCUUUCAGAGGUACAGAAGAAACCCAAUUCCAAAAAAAGGUCCUUUCAGCUGUAGCCUUGGGGGGAUUUGGCAGCCCCUCUAAAGAUGUCAGGUUUCUUUUUUAUCUACAAAUGGCUGCAAGUGGAAACUGAUAAUUUGUAGGCACUUUGUAAAUUCGUAUUAAGUAAAUGAAUGAAAUUGUGAUUUCCUGAGAAUUAAACCUUGUUUUCCUACCCUUGUUGAAGAGUGGCUCACUGAUGGUGUGGACACACUCAUCUGAAAGGGACAUUUUUAGACAGAUCUUCAUGACCUGUUUCCACCCCAGUCCAUCACCUCUUUUACACCAAAAGUAGUCUGCAGGGCGUGGUAGGAGUUUCUUUUGUGCCAUUUUGGGGUGGAAAAGGUGGAUGUGAUGAAGCCAAUGAUUCAGGACUUACUUCCCUCUCACAUUGUGAUUUUUGCCCUUGCACCAGAGUAUGAAAUAGCUUUGAAGUGCUUCAGCUGCGAGAUGGGAAGAGUCUCUGUGACUGUAAUCACAUGGUGACAACACUCGAAUCUAAAUUGGACUUCUGUUGUAUUCUCGCCACUCAGUUUAUUUUUUAGCAGUUUAAUGGGUACAUUUUAGAGUCUUCCAUUUUGUGUGGAAUUAGAUCCUCCCCUUCAAAUGCUGUAAUUAACAUCACUUAAAAUAAAACUUGAAUAAAAUACUGAAACCUCAUCCUUCUGAUAUUUUUAUU